GGCAACGACGCUCGGCCACGCACGUAGUAAACACGUGCGCGCGCGGAUCAGAUGAGACGGGACAGAACGAGAUACUAUGUAUAAGUAUCGUAAACUAAAUAUGUACUAUUUACCGUAAGAGUGAAAAGCAAAGUAGUCUAUCAAUCGGCUCGACCGUUCUGGCCGCUCCUGAUGUAAAUUCCGAAUUUCUCAUCCCCGAUCUUCUUCAUCGGUCGAAGUCAGUGCAUCUGGGCCUUGUGUCGCGGCGCACAAAAUUCGCACGGGUGUGAAAGAUUAGAGAAGUGUCGGAAUUAUGGCUAAGUUCACCAAACGACAAUGGCUCACCCUGAUAGUAAUCAGCAUCGCCGAUUUCGCAAAUGCCAUCUGCGUCUCGCUGCAAGCACCGUUCUAUCCUCAAGAGGCCGAGAAAAAAGGAGCAUCGCCAUCGGAAUAUGGACUUGUUUUUGGAAUUUUCGAAUUGGUAGUUUUUCUGGUUAGCCCAUUAUACGGACAACAUCUCAAUCGAAUCGGUCCAAAGUUACUAUUCAAUGGCGGUAUCCUGACUACAGGAACUUGCGCCAUAUUCUUCGGUUUAUUGGACAAAGUCGAUGGUCAUUACCCCUUCAUAAUCCUAUCUUUCGUGAUCAGGAUUGUGGAGGCAAUGGGAAAUGCUGCAUUUCUAACAGCUAGCUUUGCCAUUAUCGCCAAAGAAUUUCCCAAUAAUGUUGCCACGACGUUCGCCAGUUUGGAAACUUUCUUCGGCUUGGGCCUUAUCGUAGGUCCCACUGUUGGAGGCGCACUCUAUCAGAUAGGCGGAUAUACCACACCAUUCGCGGUCCUUGGCUCGGCGUUGUUCUUGGCAGCUGUCAGCACUGCAUUUAUUCUACCUGUGCAUAACGCUAGCGAUAAUGAAUCGCACAACACUGGAGGACUAAUGAAAGUUGUGAAAGUCCCCGGCGUGAUGGUCGCAUGCAUGUCGAUAAUCGCAACGAGCAUGAGCAUCGGAUUUUUGCAAGCAACGCUAGAACCACAUCUGAGGCAAUUCAACUUAAGUCCAGUCGUGCUCGGAUUAAUGUUUGUCAUUAACGGUGGCACUUACGCGAUUACCGCGCCAGUAUGGGGCUGGCUUUGUGACAGUUACUGGCAUCCAAAGGUAGCAACCAUUGCCGGCUGCUUUCUCGUAAUGAUCGGUUUCUCGCUGGUCGGUCCAGCGCCGUUCAUUCCGUCGCCCACCGUAAUCUGGAUGCCUAUCACCGGCCUUGUGAUCCACGGCUUAGGCAUGGCUGCUCAACUGGUUGCAAGCUUCACGGAUGCCUUGCGGACAUCUAUAUCGUAUGGAUUUCCGAAUAGUCUGGAUACCUACGGCCUCAUCAGUGGUUUGUGGACAAGUACCUUCGCCCUCGGAGCUUUUAUCGGUCCCAGCAUCGCUGGAAUUCUGCUGGACCACAUCGGUUUUAGAAAUAGCUCCAUGUUUAUCGUGUUACUUCACAUGUUAGUGGGCGUGAUAGCCGCGGUGUUCCUGAGCAGUUGCGGUCGUGCACCCAAGCCGUACACCGACGUCGGCGCGGCCGAAGAUAUCAGGGCACCGCUGAUGGAGAGCGGCCGAUUAAGCGGCAGUCUGCAUCAGAACGGACGGGGCGAGGGUGUGCCGAUCGACAGGCCCGGUGCCGGCGGCAUGAAUUCGCUGAUCGUGUGUAACAGUUAUUCGAACAGAGCCGGUGCGUGGUCCAGGGCGUCGUACAGCGGCCGGUACUCCCACAGCUAUGGCUCUAUAGAAAACAAACGUUAUCUGGAGCUCACGACAUGAUAACGAACGUGCAGCAUCGUGUCAGAAACAGCAACAAAAGUAGGAUACAGGAUUCUACCGCUCUACUUUCCAUCGUUCACUCUCUGUCUCCCAUCAUCGAGAAAAUUCAGUUUCCGUGAUAUUUCCUAUGUGAGCGAAAACACAGGAAACGAUUUCUUAUUCUAAAAGAAUAUCUGCCAGAAGUUAAUGUCUCACUAUUCACUUUACCGGUGAGCUAACGAAUUUAAACUUGGAAAUGAUAAUGCCUUUCUAUGAUGGAAUAUAUCAUAAAUAUUUUUAUAAAACCCAUUUGAGCUUACAAUAAUAUCGUGAUGAGAGUGAUACAAAAGAAAAUUGACAAUAAAAAAAAGAAUAACUUUAAGCACGUCUAUUAAAAUUAAGAGCAUGCUGUGCUAUUAACACAGUAUAAUUAGACUUAAUUUGAUCUAGAGCAUCGAAAGCAACGCAAAUUUUAUACAACACAUACAUGUGUAUAACUUUUGAUGCCAUGUAAUGUGUUACAACUAUGCUGAGUUAUGGCGAAUUAUUAUCAUAGCGAGUAGGAUUAUUAUGAUAAUUAUUAUAAUGAUAAUAAUAAAAAGUUUUCUCGCGAAUCAAUGGUUUAACUCUAAUAUAAAUAGGCGAGUUUCAUUCUUUCGCUAUCUUAACUUUUUAAUCGUAAAGUAAGUUUUACAAUACGAGAAGAUUACAAAAGUAAUUAGAUUGAUAGACGAAUGUAAUAUGUAAUUAAAUGCAAAUGUAAUUUUAGAGUGAUAUACGUAAAUCGUGAUUUUUCAGUACACUCGAUCGAUCUCUUCUAAGAUUUUGAAGAUUGCAUAUGCAAAAAGUUACAGCAAUUAGGGGUUGAAACAACCAACCUCGAAGAAACGCAGGGAGUUGAACGAGACAUACUCAGAUGCAUAAAACGCUUCAAGCAGUAUUCACGAGAGAAUGCAUUAUCACCGAUCGCUUUAUCACGGUUUACUUAACGCACUCACACUACAACGUAUUCAUUCUGUUAAGCUCUCGAUUCGACUUCGAUUCUAUUACUAUUGCAAUAAUAAUGUUUUACGCACGCACACUCGAGCAGAAAUCGAGUUCCAUUAUUCACGAAGUCUGCACGUUGCAAGUAGCACAUAUAACACUAUCGUAUUCUAGCGAUACACUUGUUAGAUUUUAUUCUUCGUUCCCGACACACAUACAUUUUAUCAAUACGGCUUACAGUGAUCGUUGAAUGGCGUUAGCUUCUUAAAGCAGAAAUACUGCCCGUAUGACCCGCAUCACGAUCACGUAAUAGCUAAUAAAGAUUCUUCAUUUUAUAUGAUACUAUAUUAAUGUUAGCAGCGAAGAGUAUAGUGUAACCAUCUUGCUAUAAAAUUAACUGUUCUAAAAUGUAGUAAAAUGGCAUCCAUAUCGAAUACCUUGUUGUACUUUACAGCAUCGGAAAACGUGGCCGAUCAAUUGAUGGAGCUUGAAUCUAGAAUUAUGCAAUUAUACCGUUGCACAAACCUGUACUUGCAACGGCAUAAUCGCAUAAUUCUAGGUUCGAGCGCCAACGGAAAAGGUAACGGACGUUGUGGGUGUUAAUGGUGUCGUCGAUAUCACGUGCAAAUGACUUUCGUAACAAGCUCGUUGUGCGAUUAUUGCCAAUCAUUAUUGCAACUGUUCACACGAAAGAGAAUCGAGGGAACCAAGUAACGAAAUUGUAUAUAUACCGUUUUAAUUAAUAUUGCUAUUUUACCACUAAAUAAUUGUCACUCAUGCAUUAUACAUAUGUCUCUGUGUAUGUGAGGGAUUUUUUUUUAACAAUAUAUCGUAUGAUUCAUUGUAAGAUAAUUUUAUAUAUAAAAAUAAAUAAAAAUAAAAGAAAAUAAAGGGUAAAUACACAUUAAUUAGCAAUUGUA